AUGGAAGAGAAGGAAGGAGACGGACUUGGCUCGGACGAGCCAGAGGGCAGAAUGCGCAGAGAGUUCGGUGGAAGCCAAGAAAACGCUGGCCACAGAAACGGGCCAGUCCCCGCCGUAGGGUCUGGUGGGAGCCGACACCCCAGACGGGACAGGCCCUGUGCCCAUCCCCUGUCUCCUUUCCGCAGGUUCGAGCGGUUCCAGCUGGCAUGUGGGGACGCCAAACUCUACGUGUGGGCUCACUCCUACCCCGACCAGGCCCUCUGCGGCGCCCGGCUCCCCGCCCCCCUGGAAUACAGGGGCACCAAUGUCACCCUGAGCUACAGGCGCAGCUGGACGGUGGCAGAAGGAUUCCAGCUCCGCUACAGGAGAGGUCCCCUCCUCUCUGCCUCACCUCCAUCUUGUAACCUGACGCUGGAUGAUUUCUAUGGCGUCUUCUCCCCGCCUGCCUGGCCUGGGGUUCCUGCUGGAGCCCUCAUCCGGUGCCGCUGGGCCCUGGACCCCCAUGACAGCCGCCCCCUCACUGUGCUCUUCACCACGCUGGACCUGGCUCCGACCGACUCCCUAGAGGUCUACGAGGAUCACCCAGACCUGUCGGCCGAGCCGCGGCUGCUGCGGCGCGUGGAUGCAGCCAGCAACGGCCAGCCAGUGGCGGUGGAGUCACCCUCCAGCCGAGCGUGGGUGGCCUGGCAGGGCCUGCAGGGCCGCGGCUUCAACGCCACCUACCACGUGCGUGGGUUCUGCGUGCCCUGGCAGCAGCCCUGCGGCCGGGGGGAUGAGGCCCGGUGCUAUGGUGAGGCGGAGUGCUGCGAUGGCAUCUGGCACUGCCCAGAUGGGGCGGAUGAGGAGCACUGCCCAGGCUGCCCAGAAGGGAGCUACCCCUGCCACGAUGGCGCUGGGGGCCCCUGCUACGCCCCCACUGACCGGUGCAACUACCAGACGCUGUGCCCGGAUGGGGCAGACGAGAGGGGCUGCUGGCGCUGCCAGCCCGGCAACUUCCGCUGCGGGGACGGGCGCUGCGUCUACGAGGCCUGGCGCUGCGACGGGCAGCCCGACUGUGCCGAUGCCUCCGACGAGGCCUCCUGCCCCUACACUCUGCCCCGCAAGGUGGUGGCAGCUGCAGCCAUCGGCAGCCUGGUCUGUGGCCUCCUGCUGGUCAUCGCGCUGGGCUGCACCUGCCGCCUCUACGCCGUGCGCAGCCGGGAGUACAGCCUCUUCGCCCCCCUGUCCCGCAGCGAUGCCCAGCUGGUCCGGCAGGAGGCGCCACCGUCCUACGGGCAGCUCAUUGCACAGGGGCUGGUCCCACCCCUCGAGGACUUCCCCACCGAAAGCCCCGGGCAGACGUCGCUGUUGGGGAAUCUACGCUCUCUGCUCCAUCUGCUCCAGCACGAGCGGGUGGGGGGGCUGUAA